AUGAAACUGUUUGUGUGUCUAUUCGUUGUGGUCGCCGCAUUGGCAACUGCCCAGGCAGGAUUCUUGGGUCUGCUCGGCAAGGGCGGCGGCGGCGGCGGCGGCGGCUACGGUGGUGGCUAUAGCGGCGGCUACAGCAGCGGCUACAGUGGUGGCUACAGCGGCGGCUACGGAGGUGGCGGCUAUAGCGGCGGCGGCGGCUACGGCGGUGGCGGCUACGGAGGUGGCGGCUACGGCGGCGGCGGUGGCGUCCAGGUCAUCAAAAUAAUCGACGGUGGACACGGUGGUGGCGGCUACGGCGGCGGCGGCUAUGGCGGCGGCGGCUAUGGCGGCGGCGGCUAUGGCGGUGGCUACAGCGGCGGCCAUGGCGGCGGCUACAGCGGCGGCUACGGCGGCGGCUACGGCGGCGGCUAUGGCGGCGGCUACGGCGGCGGCCAUGGCGGUCACGUUGAUGUCUACAAGGUCAUCACCACAACCAGCCACGGUGGCGGCUAUGGCGGCGGCUACGGCGGCGGCUACGGCGGCAGCUACGGCGGCGGCUACGGCGGCGGCUAUGGCGGUGGCAACGGUGGCUCCUCCGGCUGGUGGAAGAAGAAGUAA